UGUAACCUUGUUUACCGUAGAUUUUUUAAAUAUUGAUUCUUUUUUAGAAUCUUCGAACACGCAUUAGAUUGUUUAGACUACCUAUUUACUUAGGUAUAUGUCUGAAUCCCUAAAUCCGACUGAAUAAGGUCGAACAUCACGAACGCCAGCAAGGAGAAACAAGCAGUCUUUUUUAUCUGUUGAUUUCUACCCGAAACUUGUGCGUGCGAUUCAAGAAAAGAUUGUAAACAAGAAAAGCCUCGCCUGCCCUUAUUCCCAUACGCGUUUCUGUGUCGUAAAUUGUACACGUCCCUCGUUUAUAUUUUGGUCCUAUCGGUAAAAAUAAAAAAAUGUCCGAAGACGUAUCCAAAUUUCUGCUCCAAGUUAAGGAAUUGGGCGAUCGACGAAUCGAAGAGGAUGAGGCCCGCUCACGAGAACUCGAGGAAAGGAUAUUACGAGAGAGAAAAGAACGAGAGGCUCGACGUGCAGAGCGUGCUAGAUCUAUUUCACCUCAAAAAUCAUCACCAGCAAAUACCCCACCUCCUUCGACACACCGCAUUGACACUCACGUUCCGACCGGCCGCUUAAACUUGGAUUCUUCACCUAUAUUCGAACCUCCUGGAAGUCUUCACUCUCCAAAAACCGAAGAAAUGUCAUCCCCAGGUGAAUUUUCCACUUCACCUUCGAAAGAGAACGAAUUUCCCGUCGAUUUAGAACGCAAGCAACCCAACCAAGUUUCUCCCACACGAACAACGAGAGGGCUAUCGUGGCAGAGACGACCCACUUCCCAAGCUUCUGACCGUUCACGAAGUCGCCCGCUUUCCGUUGUUGCAGCUGAGAACCUGGCACGAAAUACUCCUCCUGAACCUUCCCCGGCAACGGAAACUGUGUCUAGAGACCAAAUUGCUUCGGCCUUGUCUUCUAAAGACCCGUCUUGGUUCCGCCAAACUGCAGACAGGGGUGCUAACUCUGCCGCCUAUAGAAAGAACCAGGUCGAGGAUAAUCAAACCGCUGAUAUUUCUCUCAUGCCCGCUCAACUCCCAGGCAUGUCGCGUGCGUCAUCUAGCGAAACUCCGAAAGGAGAUGUUAGCCCACCGCCAACUUCUCCCGAGCUCUCGAAUAGGCUGGCUUCACCCUUACCCUUAUAUGGCGCUCCGAAACUAGACCCUCCCCCUGCGGCAAAUGACAUCCAAUUCGACACUGAGAUUAGCCAAGAACGACUGCAACUUAUGUCACCUUCUUCAGGACGUACCUCGCCAUCCAAAUUAGAUAGAUCAGGUUCACCUACCAAAGGUAUGGGUGGUUUUGUACAGAGUGCCAUGAUGAAGCGCUCGGAUAGCAUCAAGAGAUGGAGUGUUCAGUCCCCUUCUGGGGCUCAGCGUGCAGACCCGAUUGUUCCGAACCGCACUGGAUAUGAUUCAUCAAACCGAGCAACUGGCGGGUCUAGAUCAAGAUCAAGACCGGCAAGUAUGAUUCGUGAUCCUUCGGCGGAGUUUUCACCAAAGCCCCCGACGAGUCGAGAAGAGGAGCGACACGGCGAUGAUGUCUUUGGCGCGGAGAAACCGAGUGAUUCGCUUAAGAUCGAUACCAAACCAUCGCCGGAAUUACAAGACCAGGAGUCUGGCAAAGACACUCCUUCUAUUCCUGUUAGCCCUUCGAAAACUAUGGAUUCUAGGAGAUGGAGCCCUACGAAAUCUAGCUGGCUCGAGUCUGCCUUAAACAAGCCCGAAUCUCCCAAACCAAAGCACGCCCCUUCCGCCAGUCAACCAGCUUGGAUGGCAGAACUUCAGAAGGCGAAAGCUGAAAAAGCAUCUAAUCCCAGUGUGGAGAGAGGCCGAUCAACAACCGUUUCACAUAAGCAUCAAGUCAGUAUUGGUGGACUUAUGAGGUCUUCCGCUCCUGGCCUCGCUCCUGGCGCUAUUGUGAAACCAGCCGGUCUAGGCGUUCUUCCCAGUCCCACCAUUUCGACAAAUACCAAUGCUCGCCCUGACAAUAGCGUUGCUCCGAAUGAUCUAAAGAGCCCAACCACGCCUGACAUCAAAAGUCCCGAUUCAGACCGCAAGCUUUCACACUCACCACUUCCUAGUAUCAAGUCAAAGCCUGACGCACCACCUACGAAAGAUUUUCGAGCGGGUUUAAAGCCUAGACAGGCGACCAUAACCUCUGAUAAUAAACCAGAAAAUGAGCUGCAAAACGUAUUUAGUAAAUUAAGAAGGACGACCACGCAGAAUUAUGUUGCCCCAGAUGAGCUAAAGGGUAAUAUCUUGAAAGGAAAGGCCGCUCUUAAUACUACUGGAGGCCCUAAAAAGACAGAGCGCGUUGAUGAGUUUAAAGAAGCUAUUUUAUCAAAAAGGAAGGAUUUUCAGAAAGCACAGUCAGAAGGCCGUGGCGUCGUCGUGGCAAGGAAAGAUAGCACAGCAGGCGAAGAGCCAAUCCCCGAGGGCCUGAUUCGACGGGGUCAGCUUGGACGAUCUAAUACAAUAAAGCUAGACGCUGCGGCCUCAGACGCGAUAGCGGCAGAUUUGGAAAAGUCUAGCACAUCACCGAAACCUGAUUCUACCCAGGAGCCAUUGUUUAGUAAAGUUCAACGGUUCGGUAAUUCUGAGAACCGAGAUCCUGUCUUAGGAACCAAUUCAUCUAGAGCGGAUCUUCCAAGCAUUCCAAGACGAGGUUCGGCUCAGACGGUUCCUACUUUGAAGAAUGCCGAUCCUCCGUCUUCAGCUCAGAAGGAGACGGUUAUACCCGGAAGGCUACAGGGGAAGCCUGGUGGUUUGGCAAAUCGAUUCAACCCUGCUCUUGCCAGCCUUAUUGCUAGGGGACCACCUACAUCUUCAUCCAACAACACGUCAACGACGAAUUCGCAUUCUAACGCUACUUCUGAAGGAAAUGAUAACGAGGCUGCCUCCGGCCCCAAACUAACACACAUGACCAAGGGUCGCGCUAGAGGACCAAAGAGAAAGGCGCCGACUUCAGCGCCAACUUCAGUGCCAACAGCAACUCCGAGUGAGCCAGAGGAAAAGUCGUAUGUUGCAACCUCAGCCAGUCGCCCCUCUACAGCUACUCAACCAGAGCGGACGCCUAUUUCUACGCCAAAGCCGGAAGUGGUUGAAUUAAUUGACUCCUCAAAGCUGGAACGCGAUGAAUCGACUAUGCCAAAACCGCGAUCCAUGUCUGUUAUAAGCUCUUCUGCAAAAUCGUUUGAACCAGCAUCGGGAGAAGCUUCCAAUAAAGCUCCCGACUCUCCGAACAAAAUCCACGAGCAAGUAGCUGCGUUCGCCGCUCAGAGAAGGCAACGAUCACCCACAAAAACAUUUGACGAGCCCAAAGAACCCCUUUCGCAGCCGCCGUCUCCAAGAAAACUAGAUAUGAAACGAAUGUCACGCUUCAUUGACGAAUCUAACCAGGAUGCUGGGAAUACUGGUGAGUCCCAGCAAGCGAAGGACACGAAGAGGGACAUCGAGACGCCUCCGGUAACAAAGCCAAAUUUAACCACUGACGGGCCUGCUAGUUCGGACAUACCAGGAUCCCAGCCUCAAUCGCCUCCUCUGAGCAAGCCCAAGAGGCCGCUGCCAGAUCCGAUCCCUGUUAAGCCUUUAGGUGCACGACCAUUGCCUAGCGCCCCAGCGGCUACUAACCCAGAAGCAUCACCGGCAUCUACUCGCCCCUUACCUGCAGAGCCCAAACAGGUCCCUCGACCGUUGUCGAUACCUGCACCAAAAUCACCUCCUCCCGAGACAUCGUCGCCUGUACGCUCACCCACUAAACAAUCCCUUGAUGCUUCCAAUCUCCUUGGUGAUUUUUUCGGACCAGAACGCACCCGAAAGAAUUAUAACGUAGACGCUGCAGAGUUACUAAUGCGCCGACCAAAUGUAGCAUCGACUGGAGUUCAGACAUUAAGUGCCCAGCUAUACCAAUUUUCGGCCGACGGCAAGAAGAUACCGGUUCCUACCCACCACGAGCGAACGCUAUUCGAGCGUGAAAUGUAUAUCUGCUCUCACACUUUCAAGGAUGAAUCGGGAAAGAAGGUCACGGAAGUUUACUUUUGGGCGGGGGAUGAAGUGCCUCGCUCCACCGUAGACGACGCAUCAACAUUCCUCUCUCGGGAAGCAAAGGCUCUGGGUGGGAAAUUAGUAAAGCUUCAACAGGGCAAAGAAGCACCUGAGUUUCUUCAAGCGUUGGGCGGUAUAGUGAUUGUUCAGCGCGGAUCGGGAAACAAAUUUGAUUCUCUAGCUCCGCACAUGCUAUGCGGGCGGCGGUAUCAUGGGCAUGUUGUAUUCGAUGAAGUUGACUUUACUCCUGCAGUUCUCUGUUCUGGGUUUCCUUAUGUUGUGACGACAGCCGGUAAAUGUUACUUGUGGAAGGGUAAGGGUAGCGGGGUUGACGAGCUAAGUUGCGCGCGUCUCAUAGGAAUGGACUAUGCGUUAUCGGGCGAGAUGGAAGAAAUGGAAGACGGUCACGAGCCAGAAACGUUUUGGAAGCUCUUCAAGUCUAGCUCGGCAGCUGUGUCAGCCGACCAUUGGCGUCUCAAGCCGAACUACGAUAAAUACUGCUGCAGGCUAUUCCGAUCGGACGCAGCCUCCAAGCAGCAGAUCGUUGAGAUGUCUCCUUUCUCCCAGAAGGACCUACUACCCAAGAACAUUUACGUACUCGACGCCUUUUUCGAGUUGUAUAUCAUUGUAGGAUCCCGGGCCCAGUCCCAGUACGCGUCGUUUCAUAAUGCGUUGGAGUUCGCUCAAGAGUACGGGAUUCUCGCGGCGGGAAUGGAGGACCGGCCAUUCGUCCCAUUCUCGACGGUCGUACUCGAAGGUAUCCCUCGGGAUAUGAAGAGCGUGUUCCGCAAGUGGCGUGAUGCCGACAGUCCAACAGUCACAAACGUGAACACGGGUCUUAAGAGAGGUCGCAGUCUACGAGUCGUGCCACUCAACCAAGCACUGCAAGCUCUGGAUGAUUAGGAGUCAUCUAAGUCAGUCUUGAAACAUUAAGUACGGUCUUUCUUUCAUGGGCGAUAGGGUCGAGGCAAUAGCGUGGUACAAUCGACCGGGUGAUAUAAGAACAGCCAGAGCUAUUCUGUGGAUGGCGGACGAGAGGCUUCAUGGUGUAUGUGCUCCGCGAGCACAUUCACUUCUUCGAUUCGUGUAUCAAAUAGGGUUUACUGGCCGAG